GAUGUCCAACACAAUGCUGAUUAUCCGCCUUCUUCUGCUUUCAUCUGGAUUAGGAUCAGAGUUGGGUCAGGCAAGUCAGUCUCUUUCUCUGAGGAGGCUCCCAAGCGACAUCUGUGCAAGCAAGUCAGCAUUGAGAGUCCUUCCCAAUUGAAUAGAAAAUCACUGGAGGAAAGCGUCAUCACUGUUGAUGUUCCGAUUCCUGAGGUUGAUCCCGCUGGUGCCAGAGUCAAGAAGUCUCAUCCCUUGAGCAGGUCGUUUGUGCGGGUGUUUGCUACCGUCGUCGGGAUUCCCAAGUCCGAAGGACGUCCAGCAACGACAGCGGAUCUUGCAUCCUUGGGUUCCGGGAAGGGGCUUUGUUUCCGGGGUUCGAGGUUGAAACUGCACAGAGCUGUCGUUUGUGCGGGUGUUUGCUACCGUCGUCGGGAUUCCCAAGUCCGAAGGACGUCCAGCAACGACAGCGGAUCUUGCAUCCUUGGGUUCCGGGAAGGGGCUUUGUUUCCGGGGUUCGAGGUUGCCGGGAUCGUGGAUGCCCUGGGACCGGAAGUGGAAGACAACCCAAGCGUCAAAGUGGGCGACCGGGUCAUUGUCUACCCUUACGACGAGGUUCCUCACGGGUACGCUGAGUUCAUUUCAGUGCCCAGCUUGGAUUAUUUGGUGAACAUUCCGGAUGCACUUCCACUUCCUGUUGCUUCAAUGCUACCGACUGGCGCACUCUGGGCUUUGAAUGCAGUUUUUGAUGCCAAAUCCAUCGUAGACGACAUUUUGGCUUCAAGAAAUGGCAUGGGAAAAGUGAAGAUUCUGAUGGUUGGAACUGGUGGACUGACCCUAUGGGCCCUGAGGAUGGCGCAGUACUACUUCAAAGACGCGUCAAACAUGGUUGAAGUAACGGUGGCAACGCUGAAAGACGAAGGCGUCGCCAGGGUUGCCGAAGAAUACGGGAACACCUUCAAAGUCGUAACGUGGAGUGAACAUCUGCACGAAAGUGCUCUCAUUGAAAGAACGUUGGAAGUUUGCGAAGGAACAGUCGACAUCGUCAUCAACUUUGGCACAACCACCAGGAUUCUCAUGAGGUGCAUGAAAUGCUUGAACAAGGGAGGCACAGUUAUGAUUGGAUCUGAAAGCUCAGACUUUCUUAUUGGACGAUUCAGUCGGAAUUGCGAAGAUGAUAAGGUGACGAUCAAAAACGUGUCUGUGGGCUCGUUGAAGCAGCUCACUGAUUUGGUGAACCUGGUUGUCAAUAAAGAGAUACAGCCUCCACCAUACAGACUGUACCCAGCAGACAGGGCAGCAGAUGUGCUGAAAAUGGUCGCACAAAACGAAGUUCAGGGAAGAGCAAUCUUGCAAUUCGGCGACUGGGAAACCACUGAAUGAACAUUGAUUCAAAAAAGAAGAACUAAGAAAAAAAAACGCUCUCCCAUUUUGUUUCGCCGUCAAUAAGAAGCCGCGGGAAAAAGGUGUUAUCUAGAAACGUUAGGCUUCUUUCGGCGAAGAAAAAAAAAACGUAGGUCUAGAAAGACUAGAUCGAAUGAUGCUUUCUCGAAGCAUUAAAGGUACCAUCAGGAAAGAGGGUAUAUUCGUUGGCAGAAAGGUACGUGAAGGACGAUGAAAGUUUAUCUCCCAAACGAUUCGCGACUUUUUACCGGAACACGGUGAAAUAUUUGCACAUUUCGAAAGACGAGGAAUUAAAAUUUGGCUGCGAUUUCUAGAUCUUUCUCAUGCAGAAAUUACGGAUUAAAUUCACACUCCAUAGCGAAGAUAAAAAAAAAGGAUUUCCUUGCGUUUUUCGUUUUGAAUUCGACAGGUUUUCGACCGUUCGAGCAAGAAACCAAAACUCGUGCAACGCUUAUAAACAGAAUCAUUUCGCUGAACCUCACUUGGAACGUUUUCAAAUGAAAAACGAAUAGAACAGCAAAGUAAUUCUUUUCGAAACAUCGAAGGUGCUUCAGUUCUGAUCCGGUGAAUGCCUGAGAAGAAUAAAUGACAGUGUUUUCAAA